AUGGCACAUCAAGACGACUCAGACACCUCUGCACCUUCGUCUCCCACAGAGCACAACAACAACAACAAAAAUGGGGCAGCAACGCAAUCACGUACACCCCUUGUGGACCCAACCAUCUACCCCGGCAACUCACGUUCCAUCUCUGCAAUCGCAUUACACGCACUCUGCUUAGGCAUCGUGUUUGCCUCUUGCAGCAUCGCUACUAUCCUGCUUGCUCAUCACUCACACCGUAUCUGGCGCCUUGCCGAAUUCAUCGCAACUUUGUCACUGUUCCAUUUCUUGGAGUUUUGGACCACGGCGAGAUACAACACGCAUAAUGCAAAGGUAUCUUCGUAUUUGCUGACGAGCAAUGGAGGCGCGUAUCUCUCUGCCCACGUUGCUGCGAUGGUCGAGAUUAUCAUUACCUCUUUCUUCUUCCCUGCUCUCCAGGAUGCCUAUUCCAAUAUCUUCACCAUCACUGCAGGAGCAGUGCUAGUCAUCAUGGGACAAGUCAUCCGCAGUACUGCUAUGGCGCAAGCAGGAGUCAGCUUCAACCACAUUCCAGCCAAGAGCAAGAAAAACGACCAUGUGCUGGUGACUUCUGGACUUUAUUCGUGGUUUCGCCAUCCGAGUUACUUUGGGUAUUACUUCUUUGCUGUCGGCACGCAGGUUGUGGUUGGAAACAAGAUUUGUUUUGUGAGCUACGCCAUCAUUUUGUGGUUCUUUUUCAAGGAUAGGAUCACUCAUGAGGAACAGGAUCUGGUCAAGUUCUUUGGGGACGACUAUCUUGCUUAUCGCAAAAGUGUUGGUACUGGUAUUCCGUUCAUACCAUAA